CGCAUUUAAAGGGUUUUUCACCUAAAAGGAAACCACAAGGGGCAGAGUGAUGAGUCAGAAACGUUAAGGCUUUCCCUCUCUUGGACACUCUUCCCAGAAACAGAUAUGGUUCGACUGCUCUGGUCCCCCAACGUGUUCCACUGUUACUUACCGAACUUUAGAAACUCGCCCUUUGCCAACGUGGAAAGCCAUUCGGUGUGGAGAGUGCAGACGGAUAGCAGCAGCAGGACGCAUUGAGAAACUGAAUUGAGAUUCAUGAACAGCUUUGCAGCCCGUCGAGCUCCGCGAGCAACACGCGAUCUCAUUGAUUAUUCACCAAGGGUACUAAAGGGGAACGGAAACCUAGUGCUGCGAUAUCCGUGGAUUUAGGCCGUCGUCCUAAACUGAUUUGCGGCAGGGCUUGAAGCCUGCAGUCUAGCACACAGCAGACCUACAGUGCAAGAGAGAAAAAAGUCAAUUGCAUUUACAUGAAAGAUGAUGGAAAUUCAGGGGUCAGGAGUCGUUUAGUAUAAGUCACUUGAAUACACGUGCCUCUUACCGUCCUCCACCUGUUGAAGAAGAUGUCUUCGAUCAUUUAAUUCAGACGAUGCUUCUGGACGCUGGACCUCAAUAUCCUACUCUAGGAGUGACUACCUUCGGAUCAUCCCGACAUCACUCAACAGGCGAUGUCAACGACCGAGAAGUGGGACUGGGGAUAAAUCCUUUCGCUGACGGGAUGGGUGCUUUUAAAAUCAGCCCCAGCACUCACGAUCUCGCAUCGGGUCAAACUGCCUUCACGUCGCAGGCUCCAGGCUACGCCGCGGCUCUGGGUCACCACCCCGGCCAUGUGAGUUCGUACAGCAGCGCAGCGUUCAACUCGACCCGGGACUUUUUGUUUCGCAAUCGGGGCUUUGGGGAAGCGGCGGCAGCCAGCGCCGGGCACAGCCUGUUCGCUUCGGCCGCGGCCGCGGGCAGUUUUGCGGGACCCCAUGGACAUACCGACGCUGCGGGGCAUCUACUCUUCCCGGGGCUUCACGAACAGGCGACGACUCACGCUUCUCCCAAUGCACAUGUAAUGAACGGGCAAAUGCGCUUAGGCUUUUCUGGGGACAUGUAUGGCAGAGCAGACCAAUACAGCCAGGUCACUAGUCCCAGAUCGGACCACUACGCCUCGACCCAGCUACACAGUUAUGGUCCCAUGAACAUGAACAUGGCGGCUCACCAUGGGGCCGGGGCCUUCUUUCGUUAUAUGAGGCAGCCCAUUAAGCAAGAACUGAUAUGUAAAUGGAUAGAGCCCGAACAGUUGACGAAUCCUAAAAAAUCCUGCAACAAAACUUUUAGCACGAUGCACGAACUGGUUACUCACGUAACAGUGGAACACGUUGGGGGACCAGAGCAGUCGAAUCAUAUCUGUUUCUGGGAAGAGUGUUCAAGAGAGGGAAAGCCUUUCAAAGCCAAAUAUAAACUUGUAAAUCACAUCAGAGUCCACACUGGCGAGAAACCAUUUCCCUGUCCAUUCCCUGGCUGCGGCAAAGUCUUUGCUCGAUCAGAAAAUCUCAAGAUCCACAAAAGAACUCACACAGGCGAGAAGCCAUUCAAAUGUGAGUUCGAAGGGUGCGACAGGCGUUUUGCUAACAGCAGCGAUCGCAAAAAGCACAUGCACGUGCACACUUCUGACAAGCCGUACCUCUGCAAAAUGUGUGACAAGUCCUACACUCAUCCCAGCUCUCUACGAAAACACAUGAAGGUCCACGAAGCAUCCUCUCAAGGGUCACAGCCUUCUCCUGCGGCAAGUUCUGGCUACGAAUCCUCAACACCCCCUACCAUCGUGUCGCCCUCCACAGAAAACCAGACCAACAGUUCAAUGUCCCCGACAUCUUCUGCAGUUCACCACACAUCCAACCACAGCACGCUUUCAUCGAACUUUAACGAAUGGUACGUUUAAGUAAACCUACAUAAAAAUACAAAAAAAUACAAAACUUUUCAAAAAAGACUCCAAAGUUACGAUCGCGAGGAAUCAAAGACAAAAAAAGCUGCCAAUAGACGCCGAAAGGAAUAAUAAAAGAAGAAACCAAAACCUUUCAAAGGUUUAGUAGCGAAUCUUAAAAUGCAUGUAGGACGAUGCUAUUUUUCUAGCCAUUGCCAAGUGCUAGAUUUAAAGAACGAUCUGAUAAAGCUCUGAAAUUGCAUGUGUUCUAUGGCAGCGGCCUUUUUUCUUUCCUUUUUGUAAAUAUAGAAUUACUAGUUUAAGAGUCUAAUGUUUGAAUCCUGUACAUAGACAUAUCACAGGGGAUUUGUCAACGUGGUAUUUGCAUAUCUGGGCGACGGUUGGAAAAAUGCAAUUAUUUGUUUAUGGAUGGCAAAAAGUUACUAUAGUCGAUGUGUACCAAAAUGUGAAUUACUUUGUAUUUGUCUCAACUGAGCGUCAGAAAGUUAGCAGAUACUAUUGUUAUUAAUGUGCUUUUUGUAUCCAGUGCAAACCUUUCGUCCCAAAGUCCAGUCAGAGUAGUGAAGUGUUCAAAGUGUUGCUUGUUAUGUCAAAAAAAAUAUCGUAGUGCAAGCUUGGAACUCCGUGUUAAAAUGUAACUUUGUUUUAUGUAAGACGAUAUUAAAGCAAAAUAAGAAAUUUAUCUGUCCAUUGCCUUCGCAGUUGCGAUAAAUUUAUGUAUAUAUUCCCAAUCUCCAUAUUUAUCCGCAUGUACGUAAUUUACCGGUAUUACGUGUUACAGAUAUUCGAUAUUUAUGAAAAAUGCAUUCGUAUGUAAAACCUAGUUUACAAACUGUUCCAUAACAUUUCGUACAAUAUUAAAGAUUCCAAAAUCCAA